CCGGCACACAUAUCUAUCACACAUCAAGCGAUCGAUUUUCUCUAUAUUCAUUCCGAUGCCCUGUUGACCGAAGACGUGUCUCUUGGUAGCGUUAUUCAGACCUACUUGAAUCGACCAAACUAUUUCCCGGAACGAGUUUCCACCGGUGCUCGGUGGCUCACCGAAUGGAUUGCUGCCGAAACAAGUGUAGUCGAACUGUUCGCAUUAGUCCUUCGGGCAAAUGACAACACCACUGGCCUGGAUGAAUACUCCGCACUGCAACGGGAAGUCGUGCAUUCGCGGGUCGCUCGUCAGGUCUUGGGUCUUCUCUCCACAAUGAUUGGUCCAGACACCGGUCCCGGAAUGACUGCGAAUGAUUUGCGUACCACUCAUCGAGACCGUUUGGGUUUCGGACAGUUCGUUUGUGAGACUCAACAGUUCUAUCUUACUCAGUGCUUGACGUCGGCGCUGGUCGCCGUUCUGGGCGAUUCCGUGGCAAUGGAUGACGCGAAUGCAAUUGCCUCCAUUGCUCUGUCGAAAUCGUCGCAGUUGGCACGUUCCGUAUUAACUCUAUUCGGUGCAACAACGGACGAUCAAUCUGAGACCCCACAGUAUGGUGAUAAAAUGCCCUCCCUUCAUGCUGGCGUGCAUCUGAUAAUCUCAACUCUAUCGUGGGCAUUGCGCCGUAUCGUGCGUGUGGAAGAGAACGACGCAUGCAACUGGGAUUUGUCCACGGAGAAUUUACGCCAAGCAGUCAAUAGCAUUUUCUCUUGUCCAGCUGCACUGUUGAAUUCCCCGUCGGAAUCAUCCGUUUUGGGUAUCGAUGCUCAUCAGCGAGAAGUGAUUCACUUGCAAAAUCUCAUCUCUGUCGGUCUGGCUUUACUCCGGGUUCAGCUCCGAUCCCUCGUCACCAUCUGUGAACAAACAGCUUAUAUUGCUUGGCGGCUAUUGGACUAUUACCUCAAUCAGUUAGAAAACGAAGACGACAUGACCUCAACGUCAACAGUUCCCUUUUCAAGUCCUCGCGGUCCGAGCACAGUACGACGUCUCCAAGAUAGCGCACCGCUUACACGUUCACCAUUCCUCCCGACGAGUACUCCACGAACCGCCCCAAUUGGAACUCCUGUUGGCGGGGGAUUGCAAAGGAAUAAAACUAAGCGAGAAGUUGCCGCUUUGCGAGAACACCUCCCACGGUUGCUAGAUGCAGAUCUGCUUGAGACAAUGACCAGAUUGUCCAAGUCCUCCUAUCUUGAAUCGAACCAACGACUGUUUGUCCAAGUCAUGCAGCAUCGUCUAGGUCGAUUAAUCUCACGACCGGUUGCCGUUCCUGCCUCAUAG